GUGACAAACUGGCUUGUGCUAACGCUAGCAGCCGGACUGCGGACACCGGACAGUGUCAGCGUGCGUACUGGCCACACAACUAACUCGAGUACCAACAAGAGGGGGACGACGACGCGGACUUUUUUGUUUCGAGGAGGGCCCGCGUCGCCUUUUACCGACGUGACGAAUAGGGGGAAACGAGCAUAAACGCCGUUCACGAGGUGGAGCGCGCGCUGCCCAGUUUCUCGUGGUAACCCACCGCCAUGCCGUUCCCCUUUGGCAAGUCCCACAAGUCGCCGACGGACAUCGUCAAGAAUCUUAAGGACAGUAUGACGGUGCUCGAAAAGCACGACAUUUCUGACAAAAAGGCUGAAAAGGCUACAGAAGAGGUGUCAAAGAGCCUAGUGGCCAUGAAGGAAAUCCUGUAUGGGACUAAUGAGAAAGAGCCCCAGACUGAAGCAGUGGCCCAACUCGCUCAGGAGCUCUACAACAGUGGCUUGCUCAGCACACUGAUAGCAGAUCUGCAACUCAUUGACUUUGAGGGCAAAAAAGAUGUAGCUCAGAUCUUCAACAAUAUUUUGAGACGUCAGAUUGGUACUCGGACACCGACGGUGGAGUACCUCUGUACCCAGCAAAAUAUACUCUUCAUGUUACUAAAAGGGUACGAGUCUCCAGAGAUUGCCCUCAACUGUGGGAUCAUGUUGAGGGAAUGUAUCCGACAUGAACCACUGGCCAAAAUCACACUGUGGUCAGAGCAGUUUUAUGACUUCUUCCGAUAUGUGGAGAUGUCCACGUUUGAUAUUGCCUCAGAUGCAUUCGCCACUUUCAAAGACCUCCUCACAAGACACAAGCUACUGAGUGCAGAGUUUCUGGAACAACAUUAUGACAAGUUCUUUAGUGAAUAUGAGAAGUUACUCCACUCUGAAAACUAUGUGACAAAAAGGCAGUCUCUCAAGUUACUGGGAGAGUUGCUCCUUGACCGGCACAACUUCAGCAUCAUGACCAAAUACAUCAGCAAGCCAGAAAAUCUGAAACUCAUGAUGAAUUUGCUACGUGACAAGAGCCGCAACAUCCAGUUUGAGGCGUUCCAUGUUUUUAAGGUGUUUGUGGCCAACCCUAGCAAGACGCAGCCCAUCCUGGACAUCUUACUGAAGAACCAGGCCAAGCUCAUCGAGUUCCUCAGCAAGUUCCAGAAUGACAGAACAGAAGACGAACAGUUCAAUGAUGAAAAGACCUACCUGGUCAAACAGAUCCGGGACCUCAAGAGACCCACCCAGCAGGAAGCCUGAGGCAGGGUGCCAAGGGCAAGGAGGGGGCGGAGCCACCAUUUCUUGGCUGCUUAACGGACCCAUCGACUGCUGCUGUUCUGGUCUCGAACAAAAUUUCAGCAAACAAACUUAAGACAACAAAAACAUGCAUUUGAAGUUGUUGGGAAGUUUCCAGCCCAUCAGUGAACAUUGUUCAUUGUGUAUUUCUUUCCCCCCCUAGAGUUUUUGUUUAAAGGAAAACCGUAGAUGCUGCUGCUUUCAUGCACCUUGAACCACAUAUGGUCCAAUAACACAUUUGUCCAUCAUAAACAAGUCAGUUAACCAUGAAGGCAGACUUCUAACUUGAGACACGCAUAGGAAGUCAAGAAUUUCAGUCUUACUGAACACUCGUAUAGCGUUUUAACAGCUACAGAUUCAUACACACCCUCUGCAAGAAUAUGGCCUCAAACUUUUAUGAUGGAAAUGGUACGAGAAACAUGGUUACCUUUUCCCGCAUGCCUUGGAAGGUGACAGAUGGGUGUCUGCACCUGAUGGCGGCGCUGCUGUGGCCUGACCAGUGUGGCUGUCAUGUUCAGUGGUCCGACAGUUACAUGCACGUGCGUCAAUGCCUUCAUCAAUACAGUGUGUGGCGACAACUCUGAUGCCAUGACACGCGCUAGUCUUGACCCCCUGUGAGCUGUUAAAUGACCCAGCACUGAAAAUACUCAAGAGAAGGAAGAGAGAUGUAAUUAAUGAAAGCUCCAAAGUCCUCCCUCUGUUCUUUUCGUAGACAGGGAGAACAUGUAAAUAUGCUUUUUUUUUUUUCUUUGUAGAUUAUUUUUUUUGUUAACCUUAACAUAGGAAUAUAUUAUUUGUAUUUACCUUAAACAUGAAAGUUAAUGGUAAUCAAAUUACUUUCGAAACCUUAAGUGAGACAAGUGUCAUUGUUUUUACAUUUCAUUUUACUGCUGAAAUGGUUGCUGGGUUUCUUGUACGUAACUUAAAGGGCAGCUCCCAGUUAGCUACCCAUAUUUAACAGUGGUGACAAAUUCAUUUUUUUGCCAUGGGCUACAUUGUAGUAAUGGUUUCCCUCAGAUGGCCGUUUUGACUGUGAGCCCAUAUAAACAUCAUCACCUCAUUAUUACAUAUACAAGACAAAUUGACGGACAACUAAUUGGUGAGUACAAAAAAAAAAAAGUUCACUAUUCAAUUUAUUUUAAAAGGGGGAUUGGUAACGAAAAUGCUAGCAAUUGUCUCAAAACUAUUAAAAGUGAAGACAAUUUGCAAAUUUGGUAUUUUAGCAAGAAACAUCUCAGUGCACAUGAUCGAUUUGUGCGGGCCACAUAAAAGCAUGCGGUGUGCUUAGUCUGGACUCCAGGCCUCGAGUUUGACACCUGUGCUAUAAGAUAUUAAUAAAAUGCACAAAGAAUUAAACGGAAUAAUCAGAAAGGGAUCAGCUUGAUUUGUCAGCACUUUGCUGGUUGGAUGGCUCUAACAUCACUCCUGGAUAGGAAAGGAAGGUUGAAAUCAGUAACCAAUUCCCUGCUUUGUGACUGACUAACUAAAUUGGAGAUGAGCAUGUGCACUGAGGUGUCCCCACUCCUCAAUAUCAAUGAUUUGUAUUUCCCUCGUCAUCCUGACCUAUGGGCUUGUUUCUUGGGAAGUGCUUUUAUGGUAACUUCAGCAGGACCUUGGUAGCUUUCUUACGCCCUUGUUUUGUAGUCAUUUAAUGGAAUAUAAGGCCAGUACAAUGAGUGUUACACAUUUGUGGCUAAGAAUAUACGAUGAGCAUCAUGGUUUGUCCAUAUGGUACUAUAGACAAAGCUAUGAGCAGAAUUGCAAUGAGUUGACAUCGUCCACAUAGUGUGAACUAUAGAUUCAAACAGGUCAGAAAGGUCACAGCACUGCUCACUCAGAGCCCAGCUCCUCCAUGCACAUUGAACAUGCAUGUUCCUACACUGGCUGUGCAUGAUGCUGUCCUAAUGGUGUUCUACUGGAAUUGUUAAUUUAACAACUUUGAAAUGUCACAUUGAACUUAGCUUGUAUGCAGCUUUUGACACCAAUUUCAGCAUAAAACUUUCGGAAGUGUCAGAGGCCCGAGCCCUAUGAGAAUAAAGGGGAAAAUGAAUUGUGA